GCGCCCCCCUUCCCCACUCGCCCGGGACUGCUUUUUCUCCUCUCUGCAAACGAACAAGCAGCCCCACGUCUCUCUCCCUUGUGCGAUUUCUGUUUCCAUUGGAUGCAACACGCCGCUGCCGCUCCUCGCCGGUCGGUUUCUUCUCUCGCUCCUGCCGUGUCUCGCUUUCCCUCGGUCUCUCUCUCAUCUCCCUGUUUCGUAUUACAGUCUUCGUGGCUGCUGACCUCCGUCACUUGCUUCCGUCGCCGCUUGGCACGAAGCUACCGUGCACCGCGUCUCGUCUACGCCGCACCCUGUCUCGCUUUCCGUUACUUCACUCUCCCUCGCUCCGAUUGAUUAGUUGGUGUCUUUUCCUCUUUGUUUUACAGGUGUGGACUACCGUUUUAGUUUGGUCCCCGAAUUAAAAAAGAAUUUGGUCCCCGAACUCUCAUUUUCCAGUGGUCUAAAAUCCUUGCUACACGAGCUGUUGAGAGGGUUUUCUGCAACUUCUACAACAAUGGAAGGCAUGGACGAAAUUGAGGAUCCCACGUUUUUCCUUGAAGAAACCAAUGACGACUUGUGCCUUUCGAUCCUCUCUCGCUUCAGCAACUCCACCAAAGAGGACCAUCAGCACCUCUGCUCAGUCAUAGGCGCCAUGUCGCAAGAGCUCAAGGACCAGAACCUUCCUUCCAGCCCAGUAGCGUACUUCGGGGCUGCGUGCUCCUCCCUUGACCGCCUCGCCUUCGAGCUUGAUCCACCCGCUCACGUUGUCAACGCCCUCCUCACAAUCCUCCACCUGGUUCUUCCCCGAAUACCCCCUGCCAUUCGUAAAAAGAAGGCUGAUUUCUUGUCCGAACUAUUGGUGCGGGUUCUUCGGUCUCCGUUGUUGUCUGUCGGAGCCGUGAUAUCUGGAUUGAAAUGCACUUCUCAUUUGUUGAACAACCGAGAUUCUAUCAAUUGGUCUGACAUUUGUCACUUGUAUGGCGUUCUUUUGGGUUUCCUCACGGAUUCCCGUCCCAAGGUGAGAAGGCAAUCACACGUGUGUCUUCGAGAUACCUUAUCAAGAUUUCAAGAAACAUCAGUGCUAGCACCUGCAUGUGAAGGGAUUACAAAGAUAUUUGAAAAAUCUCUUCUAUUGGCUGGUGGAUCAAAUGUGAAUGCCACUGAAGGACCCAAGGGAGCUCAAGAGGUCCUUUAUAUUUUGGAUGCUUUGAAGGAGUGCCUUCCUCAUAUGUCAACUAAGUACACAACAAGCAUCCUCAAAUACUACAAAAGCUUACUGGAGCUGCACCAACCUCCCGUCACAAGGCGGAUAACAGAUAGUUUGUAUUUACUUUGUCUUGUCCCAGCUUUAGCUGUUUCUCCCGAGGCAUUGCUUGAUUUGUUAGACUCAGUAUCUCUAUCCGUCUCCACAAAUGAGACAUCUGCUGAUUCAAUGACAUUUGCUGCACGCUUGCUUGAUGUUGGAAUGUGUAAAAUGUAUUCCCUUAAUAGGCAACUAUGUGUAACAAAGCUACCUGUUGUAUUCAACGCACUCAAAGAUAUUUUGGCAUCUGAACAUGAGGAGGCUGUAUAUGCAGCCACGAAUGCAAUGAAGAAUGUGACGAGUGCUUGCAUUGAUGAAAGCUUGAUCAAGCAGGGUAUGGACCAGAUUUUGACAAAUGCAAACAAUGAUUCUAGGCAGUCUGGCCCUACCAUCAUUGAAAAAGUAUGUGCAACUAUUGAAAGCUUGCUUGGUUAUCACUAUGCUGCUGUCUGGGACAUGUCAUUUCAAGUUGUCUCUACGAUGUUUGACAAACUAGGGCAUCAUUCUUCUUAUUUUUUGAAGGAGGUCCUUAGCAACUUGGCUGACAUGCAGAAGUUGCCUGAUGAAGAUUUUCCUUUCAGAAAACAGCUGCAUGAAUGCCUUGGAACAGCUCUUGGUGCAUUAGGACCUGAAAUGUUCUUGGGCCUUGUACCUCUUAAUUUGGAAGCUGAAGAUCUGUCUGAGGCAAAUGUUUGGCUCUUUCCAAUUCUGAAGCAGUAUACCGUUGGUGCCCGUCUAAGCUUCUUUACAGAGUCAGUUUUGGGUAUGAUUGGACUGAUGAAACAGAAAUCUCAAAAGCUUGAACUUCAAGGACGGGUUUUUUCAUCUAGGAGUGCAAAUGCACUCGUGUACUCUUUGUGGUCCUUACUGCCUUCAUUUUGCAACUAUCCUUUGGAUACUGCUGACAGUUUCAAACAUCUAAAGAAAGCUUUAUGGGAUGCACUUAAUGAAGAAGCUGAUACUCGUGGAAUAAUAUGUGCCAGUUUGCAGAUACUUAUUCAACAGAAUAAGAAAAUUUCAGACGAAAAAAGUGAGAUGCCUAAUAUUGAAGAAGGUAUGGCCAGACAACGGGCACUGGCCCAUUAUACCCUACAGAUUGCAGCAGAUAAUUUACAUGCGCUUAAGUCAUCUGCACGUGAGGCCUUAACCAUUUUGUCAAAUGUUCUCAUGCAAUCUACAAAAGAUGAUGGUGGUUCUUUGCAGUCCACAAUUGGUGAAUUUGCUUCCAUAUCAGAUAAGGAAGUAGUGUCAAGAUUCUUUUUGAGUACAGUGCAGAAGCUUUUGAAGGUCACGCAAGAGGCUGGCAAACCAGGAAAUUCAAGAACUUCUAAUUCUAUACCUACGAACCCUCUAGCAAACGAUAGUUCUCCAUCACUUUUGAGGGCACGGUUUUUUGAUUUGGCAGUUUCACUUUUGCCUGGUUUGAAUGCUAAAGAGAUUGAUGUUUUAUUUCUUGCAAUAAAGCCUGCAUUGAAGGAUGCCGAUGGUCUGAUACAAAAGAAGGCAUACAAAGUUCUUUCAGUUAUUCUGAGGAAUUGUGAUGGGUUUCUUGUAUCAAACCUCGAGGAAUUGCUUGGGCUAAUGAUUGAUGUGCUGCCUUCAUGCCAUUUUUCUGCCAAACGCCACAGACUUGAUUGCUUGUACUUUCUAACAGUCCACGUUCCCAAGGAUGAUUCAAACCAGAGGCAACACAUCAUUGGCUCCUUCCUAACAGAAAUAAUACUUGCGCUUAAAGAGGCAAAUAAGAAAACAAGAAAUAGAGCAUAUGAAAUUCUUGUUCAAAUUGGCCAUGCUUGUGGAGAUGAAGAGAAAGGCGGAAAUAGAGAAAACUUGUAUCAAUUUUUUAGCAUGGUGGCAGGAGGACUGGCCAGCGAGACACCUCAUAUGGUCAGUGCUGCAGUCAAAGGCUUGGCUCGCUUGGCUUAUGAGUUUUCUGAUCUAGUUUCUACUGCUUGCGGUUUACUUCCAUCCACUUUUCUCCUCCUUCGGAGAAAGAAUAAAGAAAUAAUCAAGGCUAAUUUAGGUUUGUUGAAGGUGUUGGUGACAAAAUCACAACCUGAAGGUCUGCAAAUGCACUUGGGGAGCAUGGUGGAAGGAUUGUUCAAGUGGCAAGAUAACACCAAAAACCACUUCAAAGCUAAGGUUAAGCAUCUCCUUGAAAUUCUUGUCAAGAAGUGUGGUCUGGAAGCGGUGAAGGCUGUGAUGCCUGAGGAACACAUGAAACUCCUUACUAAUAUACGGAAGAUCAAUGAACGAAAAGAGAGAAACCUAAGGGCUAAAUCAGAAGCAAGAUCUCAACUGUCAAAAGCAACUACUUCCAGGCUAAGCAGAUGGAAUCACACAAAAAUAUUUUCUGAUUUUGGUGAUGAUGAAACUGAAGAAAGUGAUGCUGAGCAUAUGGAAGCCAUGACAAUAUCUGGUCAACAGCACAAGGGUUCCUCACAGCUGAAGUCCAAAGCGUCAUUACGCUCCAGGAGUAGAGCAGCUAUGAACUUGCCUGAGCACCUAUUUGAUCAAUUCGAAGAUGAGCCACUUGACUUGCUUGAUAGGCGUAAAACAAUCUCAGCUCUUCGAUCUUCUAAGCAUGUCAAGCGGAAACUAGAUUCAGAUGAACCAGAACUGGACUCUGAAGGGCGCUUGAUUAUUCAUGAGGGAGAAAACUCAAAGCAGACACCCUCUGACCCUGAUUUGGAUGCAAAGAGUGAAGCAGGUAGUCAGAUGUCAUUGAACUCAAGGAGAAACCAGAAGCGUAGGAAAACAUCUGCGUCCGGCUGGGCUUACACGGGUAGUGAGUAUACCAGCAAGAAGGCAGGUGGGGAUGUGAAGAGAAAAGAUAAGCUUGAACCAUAUGCAUAUUGGCCGCUUGAUCGCAAAAUGAUGAGCCGUAGACCUGAGCAUCGGGCUGCUGCAAGGAAAGGGAUGGCAAGUGUGGUGAAGAUGACAAAAAAGCUUGAAGGCAAGAGUGCCUCGAGUCUACUCUCCAGUAAGGGCCUGAAGUUUAAGAGGAGUCAAAAGAAAAAGGGCAGCAAGAAAUAAAACUGGUGAAAACCAUAUUCAUUGUUUAAUUAUUUCACCUUCAGCACGUGCCCCUCUCAAAAUUUUGAGUUUUUUUUUUUUUUAAUUCUACUUUUAAUUUGCGGUAAUGCAUUUUUGUUCUACAUGUAGUGACAAUGUGAAGGGAAAUAUGCUCGUGAUCGAAAUGUUACAGUUUUGCUU